AUGCUAAACGUUAAAAAAAUAAAUAGCAACAAUUACGGCAAUUGUAACGAAUGGGUUGAAGAGUCAAUUUCAAAAGGAUACAUUAAUAAGUUUGACUAUUAUGAUUUUAACGAUAGACAACCAAUAGGAGGUGGAAAUUUUGGAAAAGUCUUUCGUGUUAAUUGGAAAAAAACCGACACCCUUUUGGCCUUAAAGUCGUUUGAUAAUAACAAGUUAACUCUCAAGGAAGUUUUUAAUGAGAUAAAAUUACAUAAACAAGUUGAUUUUCAUCCAAAUAUUCUGCGAUUCCACGGUAUCACGGAAGAGUCUGAACAAAUUCAUCAAAUGAAAUACUUAUUAGUUUUAGAGUAUGCGGAUGGUGGUACGUUAAAAAGUUAUUUAAAUACGCAUUUUAAUGGACUUGGUUGGUACGAUAAAUAUCAGUUAGCGUUUCAACUAGCAAGUGCUGUAGAAUGUAUACAUGAAUGUGGUAUUAUUCAUCGUGAUCUGCAUGCAAAUAAUGUACUUAUACAUAACAAACAGAUUAAAUUAGCAGAUUUUGGAUUAUCAAAAAAAAUUGCAGAAGAAUCGAAUAGUAGUUGCAAUACUGUAUUUGGAGUAGUACCUUAUAUCGAUCCAAAGUGUUUCAAUAAUCGAAAUCAUAAAUUAGAUAAGAAAUCUGAUAUUUACAGUAUUGGAGUAAUUAUGUGGCAAAUCUCAAGUGGACGUGAACCAUUUUGUACUGAAGAUUAUGAUAUAGAAUUAGCCUUAGAUAUACUAAGGGGAAAAAGAGAAAAACCUAUUAAUGGUACUCCUGUGAAGUACAUUAAUUUAUAUAAAGAAAAUAAGAAUGAAAUUAUAAAAUUUAUGUUAUAUAUAGAAUGUUGGAAAUUUGAAGAAAAUAAGCGUCCAGAUAUAAAACAAGUUGUUUCAACACUUAAAGAAAUAAUAUUUUCUAAUAGUAAUAAUGAAAAAGAAGAAAUUUAUUUAACCGCAGAAGACAUAUCUAAUUUUGAAUUAAGUAAAACAAGUAUAAAUUCUAUAACGGAUGAAAAUGAUGAUUUAAUAAUAGAAAAUAUAACAAGUAUUAUCAAUUCUAAAAGUAAUGUUAAUUCUCAAGAUAAUUUUUUAAAUGAAUCUGAGGGAAUAGCUCAACCUAAUUAUUGUCACAGUUAUGAAACUAAAGUUAUUAAUAAGUGUGUGACUCAAAAUAAUUCAUAUAAAAAUUGUGAAAGUAUAGAUAGUGAGGUUAAAGAAAUUUCUAAUAAAGCAGAAUUGAUACCGUGCAAAAAAUUAGCUGGUAAAGGAUAUCUAGGUGCUAAAUUUAAUUUUCGAUUUGGAUUUAUAUUCUCUACUGUGUGUAACUCAUUCUAUAUUAAGGAUGAUGAUAAUAGAAUAUUUUCAGGAUGUCAGCAGAAGUUUGAAGAAAAUUAUCUAAAAAUACAAGUUUUUCCAAUACUUAAUAAAGAAAUGAUAUUUCCUGAAAAACUUAAUAAUGUAAAAGAAAAAAGUUAUUUAACUGUAGGAGGAAAACCAAAUUUAGAAUUAAGAAAAAAACAAAGUAUAAAUGCUUUAAAUUUCAAUGUUAUUGUUCCUGAAAAUAAUGACAAUUCAACUUUACACAACCAUUCAGUAUAUUUUAAUGUAUUAAAUAUUUUAUUAGAGGAAAGCACUCAACUUGAUAUUAAUGAAAAUAAAGAAAAUAAGAUUGCUCAAAUCAAUCCUAAUAAUUUAAAUAAAAAUUGUGGAUAUAUGGAAAAUGAGUUUAAAGAAGUCCCUUCUUUGUUUAAUAUGGCAUAUUGCAAUUAA